UAUAGAGUUUAUAAUCUUUAAAUUACUUUAAUUAUUAGAUAACCUAAAUUCACCGAUUUUGGGUUAAUCACUAUUUUGAUCUAUCCGACUUAUCAAAAUAUUUCACCUCAGAAACUUGGCUUAAUUUAACUAAUUAACUUAGCUUAAUUUAAUUCAUUAACUUAGCUUGUUUAAGUGUCGGAAUAAUCUUCACAUUAACACCAUUUUAACCUUAUUUCAACCACCCUCAUUGUUUGCAUAUAUAUUCAUCUUCAUCUGUAUUGAUGCGUUAAAUAAUUAUAAUCUUCCACAUCAUUCACCAUGACAGCUCCAUUCAACGUAUACAAUCCGAUUCCCACCAAGCCGUCAACUUCAUUAAAUAAUCAAUUUUUAUAUUCACCUCCCAGUUCAUCAACCACUCCAACUCCAUCAGUACCUCAUAAAUCUCAUAAUCAUAAACAUAAUCUGAAUAAAACUUGUUGUAAAGUUCCUAGCUUGGAUGUUUUAAUCAACGACUGUUUCUUAAAAUCAGUAAAUCAACUUGAAGAUAAAUCAAAAUUAAAUGCAGUUGACUUAUACCAACAGUUUGUUGCUAGUAUACACUGUGAAGAGAAUUUAAACUUCCUCAUUGAAAUUUAUAAAUAUGAAUAUUAUUAUGAAUCCAUCUUCCCAAGCUACAAUAAUUAUAAUGCAUCCACCAGUACCAAUAAUACUAGCACUGAUGAUACUAUUGAAAAGAUAAGGCUCAAUAAUACUCCAAGUCCAUCUCCUUUACAUUUCAUACCUCAACAUCAUGUACAAAUGGUAUCGUCCGAUACCUUAUCACCUCCAGUAAGAAUAAGGUCUAAUACUUUAUCUAAAACCAGUUCUAUACGAUCAGAAGAUUUAGACCCAAAUGCAGUAUUUGUAUCAACUAUUGAUGAUUUAGAUGCUACAAACUUAUCUGAAUUGAAUAGUAAUAUAUGGGAUAAUCUUAAAUCACAAAAUAUUGAUAAUGAUGACGAUGAAGAUGAUGACGAUGACGAGGAUGAUGAUGAUGACCUUAUAGGAGACACCGACGAGCCUGAACAAUUUAUUGGUGAGGAAGAUAGGCUUCUUCUAACUAACCAAUGGAAUUAUAUAAUGUCUAAUUACAUUAUAGGAGAUGCUCCACAACAAAUUAACAUCAGUCAAAAGCUCCAUGAUCAAAUUAUAGACGAAUCCAAUAAUGGACUUAGAUCUAUCCAUAAUCCAUUAAUUCUCUUGAAAGCAAAGAACGAGGUCUAUCAGAUUAUUAAAGAGAAUACAUAUUUACAAUUUGCGAAGAGUCAGAAAUCUAAUCCAUCUACACCUAAACCUCAAGAAAGCUCACCAUCUUCUUUAACAUUUGCAUGUUGUAAUAGUCCAGAACAAUGUCCAGUGAUACCUCGGGCUGUAACUAUGGAUCCAUUUGUUGAAUCAACAUCAUCUUCUUCAACCAAUGUCACCAAUAGUAGUAAUGAUAGUUCAAAUGGCUCAUCUAUUCCAUAUAUGAAUAAAACUACUUACUUGAAGAUGAAGAGUAAACUAUUUUCCAAAUCAACAUUCAGUGGUCAACCUCAAUCUACACCUAAUUCUCCUCCACUUACUGUAUCACCUACCCCAUCAACGGAUUUAACUGGAAGUGUUAUUUCCCAUUCCAAUCCCAUUUCUAUACAUCGUUCCCAAACAGUCAGUCAUGUGCAACAUAAAUCAUCGCAUCAUCAUCAGCAUCACCUAAACCCAAUCCAUGCAGAACAUCAACCUGAGAGAGCUCUAUCACCAGCAGCCACUGCAGUGUCAUCAGCAUCUUUAUCCAACUUAUUGGGCCACUUGAAGUUAACAACUCAUUUUGCUUCAAAUACCAAUUCCACUGCGGUGACACCUACCAAUCUUCGGUCUCUUAAUGCAUCACCCACCGUUAGUGACAGAGAUGAUCCAACGUCUACGGGUUCCACGAAUCUCAAGUUCUGGUCCAAGAAGAAGAAUUAGAACUGAAAAUAGCAUCUACAUAGAAAUGUGUAUAUUUAUAGUGUAAUAUUAUAGAGUAACAGUAUAAGCUGUUACGAAUUGCAUACACUCUCAUUAUUGUUGUAGCACCUAUUCUCGUGAAAUUCAUCCAUUAUAGUAAACACCAUAAUCGUAAACAUGGUAAUACAUUAAUUAGACCAUUUUACAAUGAAAUAGAUACUAGUAAAUCAA